UCCUUAUAUAAAAAAAAUAUAAUAAAGCACGACAACCAGGUGUUUUCUCAACAUCUCAUUCGCCGGUAGGAGGGGCCGUGAACGCCCCUCGAGGUCGCCUCCCCGGCAUCUAUAAAAAUCGGACAUGACAUCAAACUGUGCACGCGGGUGUUUUCCGCAUUCCCCAACUACCUGCGAGCUUCAGGGCCGUGCGAGCACCGCAGCGCACGCUUUCCACUCCAUCUGUCGGGAGCAGGGCAGGGACACAUCCAUGGGAUAGACGGCCCACAACAGGGGGACAUCCGACCAGGAAGCCGAGGGGCCACACGGGAGGCGAGGACGCCUGAUUUGAGGGAGGGCAGCUGCUGUCGGGGAUACUUCUACGAUCGUGUCCAUGGUCCAGCUUUGAUGAAUGGCAGAUUUGGAAGACCAUGAACCACAAAGCUGACCGCUGAACAGCCAGCGACAGACAAACCAAGGAGCAGGGGGAUUAAAGCGAAGCAAAGCAACAUGGCCGUCUUCAAGCCUGAAAAUGUGGAAGACUUCUAUGAAAUCGGGGAAGUUCUGGGAAGUGGGCAUUUUGGCCAGGUUCGACAGGUUCGUGAGCGUUCCUCCGGGACCUGCUGGGCAGGGAAGUUCAUGAAGAUUCGCAAAAUCGCCUGCAGCCGCUUGGGCCUGGAGAGGGCCAGCGUGGAAAAAGAGGUGGAGAUCCUCCAGGCUGCACAACAUCCAAACAUCGUGACCCUCAAAGAUGUGUUUGAGAGCCGAGCGGAGGUGGUGCUCAUUCUGGAACUCGUUAGUGGAGGGGAGCUGUUUGACUUCAUUGCUGAGAAAGAGAACCUGUUGGAGAGCGAAGCCAUUGAGUUCCUGAAGCAGAUCCUGGAAGGACUGGUAUUCAUGCACAGCAAGAACAUCGCCCAUUUCGAUCUCAAGCCAGAAAACAUCAUGUUGUCAGACAAAGUGUCACCACAUCCCAGAAUCAAACUCAUCGACUUUGGCCUGGCCCACCUUUUUCGCCCGGGAGAGGAGUACAAGAGCACGAGUGGCACUCCACAGUACAUAGCCCCUGAAAUCGUCAACUGCGAGCCUCUGAGCACAGCAGCAGACAUGUGGAGCAUCGGAGUUAUUACCUACAUAUUACUGAGCGGUUUAUCCCCAUUCCAAGAUGACACUGAUGAAGAGACUCUGAAGAAUAUCAUUGCCAUGAAGUAUGAAUUCAACGAACGGCACUUCAGCAUGACGAGCUCCAUGGCCAAAGAUUUCAUCCAGAAACUCCUGGUGAACGAUCCCAAAGAAAGAAUGACCGCCGAGGAGUCUCUGCUUCAUCCAUGGAUAAAGCCCAUUACACGGAAACAGGCGGCCAAUAGGAACCGAUCCUCAAUCAACAUGAAGAACUUUAAGAAGUUCAACGCCAAAAGGAAGUGGAAGAUGUCCUACAACAUGGUGUGGAUGUGCAACCGGCUAAAAAACCUUAGACUGCUUUGCAAGGGGACGACAGACUCAGAUCUACUGCAGAGACAAUGUGAAAGCGACGUCGAGGACACGGAGAGCAAGCCUGCCUCUCUGCUGCGUCGAAGACUGAGCAGCAGUUCCUAGAGCUAGCCACAGGAUGGCAGCAGAGUCUAGGCUUUCCAGGCCGAAGAGGAGGGUUACGGAAGGCAUAUACUGUAUUUUACUGUAUUUUUUGUUACAGUUUUCAAGUAAAAUGGAUGACCAAAUGUUUAAAAGUGCGACAUACUCGCAUAGAGUAUGAGAAGUGCCUGGAAUAUUAGCAUUUCUUUAUAAGAGACCUUAAGAAGGGAACAAGGUGGAAACUUUGGUUGAACUGUGAAAACAGUGAAAACAAUUAAACCCGUUUGUCUCGAAAGUUAUAGAAUAUAUACUUGGAUAGUUACUGAUUCUAGGACACUCUCUGAUAAAAGAAUGUGCCCAGAAAAGAUUUGGGUAGGACUAUAUUUUCUCUGCACAAAAUGUUAAACGUAUUUUAUGACUUAGUCUUCCACGACUUUUAAACUGAUGACAAUAUUUUAAACGUCAGCCAAAUGCAAAUGCUUGGUAUGUUCUUGACUUAACUGUUUUCCGGUUAUGGCUAACUCAGUGCGCUGCAGCAGAGUGGUCAACCACUGGGUCAGAAAAUAAUCCUUUAGUUGCAUCCAGCAUCAAAAUCCCAAAUAGCUAGUUGAAAUUCCACUUUGGACUGGCGAGGAACAAACCUCCAGGUCCACAUGCAUGAUGUUUUGUCCGUGUUCUCGUAGUUGCAACUGAAAUGUAGGAACUUUCAGGAAUCAUCAUCCACCUUGGUUUAAGCUUGACACUGGCCCCUUGUGAUGACUCUUUCCAAGCUCGAGGAAUAACUGUCAAGCUCAAGCGUCCGUUGAUACUAUGAACAUCAGCAGUUAGCUAGAAGGACAUUUUUUUUUAUUUUUAAUGUGUGCGGGUGUGGGGCUGGUGGUUUGUAACACUAUUGAUGUAUAUUUAAUUAUGUCUUUGUACAAUGUCAUACUGCAGAAGCUACAGGAUCUCAUUCAGUACUGUACAUAGGACUUUCACUGGUUCUCCUUUGUGUUCUUAUGCAUUGCUCGCACGCUGCAGCAUGUUUAAAUGGCACAUCAAACAUGUGCUGUGAAUGACCUCAGUACCUGCAGCUUCUAUCACGCGGCAUCAUCCGAAACUUGACAAGUCAGAAGUAUUUUGAAAUACUGCCAAAUCUCUCGUGUCGUCCUCUCUUCUUCUCAGUUAUGUGUGCAUGGGCGUGACGUGUGUCUAUAUGUCAACAGUUGAAGGUUCUCUUUAUAAGAUUUUCACGCUUUUCACAAAACACCUGCCAGUAAAUGCAAGCUGUAGUGACUUCGAUGAGUGUGUUGAGUUACAUUUGUGUUUGAAUACAGUCUAUUUAUAUCACUAGAGAACUGAAGUGGCUACAGACGGUGCCAAAGCUAACAGCAGCGAGAUGCUUGAGGAGACGAUUUCUAAGUCAAAACCCGUGAUUCAUUUAGGCCGGUGGUCAGACAUGCUCUUCUCGUGUAUUGCUGUGCCAGACUGCACACAAUUUGUCAUAUGUUAAUGGUCUUAAGAGUAAAAGAAGGAGACCACACUCACAAGUCAGUUUUGAGUGAUUGCCAUUUUCAAUAGAGGUAAGAUUAGCCGUGUCUGGCUCCUAUCAGAGCUGGCUAUUGGCAGAAGCAGAGUUGUAAACUGUGCCAAGUUGUCCAGUUUUAGCCUAUAAUGAUAUCCGCCAGCAGACAUAUUUAGUCAAUUAAUUAGUUGACAAUAAAUUAAUCGGUUGCUACCCUGACCUUGUGUGAUCUCAUUCAGUUCACUUUGUACUCCACUUCCUGCUAUUCUUCAAACUAGUUGUUUUUAAAAAUGUUCUGGUGUAAAGAAUAAAUAUAUAUUACAAGUCUA